AAACCACCCAGCCAGCGCGCGGCCCAGCUCACACACACUUGAACCGCAGCCCGCAGGCAAAGGAAAGGGAAGGAGUAGAGCUAGCAAGACACACACACACACACGGUCGUCGUCGUCGAUGGCGCGGUGGUCGGCGGCGGUGCUGGUGCUGGUGCUGGCGGCGGGCAUCAUGGGCAUGGCGUCGGUGGCGGUCGGCGACAUGAACGCGGACAAGACGGAGUGCGCGGACCAGCUGGUGGGGCUGGCGCCGUGCCUGCAGUACGUGCAGGGGCAGGCCCGCGCGCCGCCGCCCGACUGCUGCGGCGGCCUGCGGCAGGUGCUCGGGAAGAGCCCCAAGUGCCUGUGCGUGCUCGUCAAGGACAAGGACGACCCCAACCUGGGCAUCAAGAUCAACGCCACCCUCGCGCUCGCGCUCCCCAACGCCUGCGGCGCCACCCGCGCCAACGUCUCCCACUGCGCUCAGCUGCUGCAUAUUCCUCCGGGCUCCAAAGACGCCGCCGUCUUCAGCCCCGGCGGCGACAAGGGCUCCACCGCCGCACCAGCCAAGGACAACUCGACGGCGACGACCGACUCCCGCGCGCUGCAGGCGACCAACGGAGGCGGCGUCUCCUCCUCGGCGGCGACCGCCGGUGCUGCACUGACGGCGGUGCUGCUCGCCGGCUACCUUCUCCUGCUCGUGCCUGAGCUGUCGCCUAGCUCAUUCUAGACCUCUGUCAAGUUGUGCCACCAAAAAAAAUUACCAGAAGAAUGUGAUGUGUUGUUGUUCUAGUACGUGACGUGACAGACAAUUUACUGCUGCUGUUGGAGUUGUUGUAGUAGUGUAGUUGUGCUGUGUUUCCUGUUCUGUUAUGUGUACGAGAUGUUACUGCAUGUGUUAAGCUAGGCUAAGGCGAUGGGGUUAGGGUAUUGCUAAUGUAGUACACUGUACCAGACUACCAGUACUUUACCUGUCAUCUGGUUGCCAAUCCUUCUUGUUCUUGGCAUUGUUUUCUGUGAACAUUUGACGCAUUUGAUCUGUCAAGUAAUAACUUUUUCA